CCUUGAGUGCCAGGCAACACACCAAUCGAACACUACAUGAAGCAAUGUGUUUGCAUACAUCCAAGUCUUUGCAAAACCAACUCAAACUACCUAACUCGCUUGUAAGAUUGACAUUGUCGGGUGCCUUCACGAAGACUCUUCUCUCCAGUCGUUCUCAUAUCAGAUGACAGCGACUUCUGGUCUCUCUUCUUGACGUUUUCGUUCAACACCCCCAAUACAUCCACCGCUCUCAACAGCACGUUGGUUGUACUUCUUCUAGCACCUCUAGCUAGCUUUAUAUCACCAAAAGUUACCAGGCUUUGUGACCAUGCCUCCACAACAAGAGCCCAUAGCCAUCAUCGGCUCUGCAUGCCGUUUUCCAGGCGGCGCAUCAUCCCCUACAAAGCUUUGGGAGCUGUUGAAAGAACCCAAGGAUGUUUUACGGGACUUCGCCAAAGAUCGACUGAAUCUUGAGGCAUUUCAUCACUCCGAUGGUGAGCAUCAUGGCGCCACCGAUGUCUGCAGCAAGGGAUAUCUUCUCGAGGAGGAUAGCCGGCUGUUUGAUGCCUCUUUCUUCAAUAUCAACCCAGCUGAGGCUGAUGCCAUGGACCCUCAGCAACGUCUCACACUCGAGACGGUAUAUGAGUCACUCGAGUCUGCAGGCUACACACUCGACCAAAUUCAAGGAUCCUUGACGUCCGUGUUUCUCGGUGUGAUGACCGGAGAUUAUCAUGACAUUCAACAAAGAGACCCAGAGACCAUCAACCGAUACCACGCCACCGGCACGUCCAAGAGCAUCCUUUCAAAUCGCGUGUCCUACUACUUCGACUUAAGAGGCCCUUCCAUAACGAUGGAUACAGCCUGCUCUUCAUCCCUCGCUGCCCUUCACCUCGCCGUUCAAUCUCUCCGUAAUGGCGAGUCCUCCACGGCUAUUGCCAUCGGAGUCAACUUGAUCUUUGACGCUGCCGGCUAUGUCGCUGAGUCCAAGCUUCACAUGCUCAGUCCAACAUCACGUAGCCGCAUGUGGGAUGCAGGCGCGGAUGGCUAUGCUCGUGGAGAGGGAGUCGCUUCCGUCGUCCUGAAGCCCCUCAGCGCUGCAAUUCGCGAUGGUGAUCAUAUUGAGUCUGUCAUUCGCGAGACUGGCAUGAAUAGCGAUGGGCGCACCACUGGAAUUACUAUGCCCUCCGCCGCCGCGCAGGCCACACUCAUCCGCCGAACGUAUCACAAUGCCGGAUUAGAUCCCAUUGUCGAUCGUCCACAAUACUUUGAAGCCCAUGGCACUGGUACUCUGGCCGGAGACCCAGUCGAGGCCCGAGCCAUCCGAGAAUCAUUUUUCUCUCCCGGAGCAUCGUCGCCCGAAGACGCUGGAAAGCUCUUUUGCGGCUCCAUCAAGACUGUCAUUGGUCACACGGAAGGUUGUGCAGGUCUGGCAGGGCUGCUCAAGGUCUCUCUGGCGCUGCAAAAUCACACGAUACCUCCCAACUUGCUAUUCAACACCCUCAAUCCUGCGAUCAAGCCAUUCUACGACCGACUUCGUGUACCAACUACGUCUAUUCCUUGGCCAAAGAUCUCAAACGGACCAAGAAGGGCCAGUUUAAACAGCUUCGGCUUCGGCGGGACCAAUGUACACGCGAUCAUUGAGAGCUACACCCCUGACGACUUGACUACCGGUGAAGACACCUUUCUGAAUGGCCUUUCUAAUAAGUUUGUUGGGCCGUUGGUGGUCUCGUCCGAGAGGGAGUCGUCGCUUGUGGAGACUGUCGGCAAGUACGCCGACUUCAUCAAGUCCCAUCCUGAUGUCGAUCUAGAGGAUCUGGCUCUCGUAUCGCAGACGAAGCGCAGCUUGUUCUCUACUCGGGCGUUCUUCUCUGGAGAUACACGAGAUAAGCUCAUCGAGUUUCUCGAGAUGGCUAGAGAAACCUCUCAGACCGGGGCUGAGAUUGGCAUCAAAGCCCCCAGUGCUUCUGCCGGGCCUCCUGCGAUUCUUGGAAUUUUCACUGGCCAGGGAGCACAGUGGGCGUCGAUGGGUCGGCUGAUGAUCGAAUCAUCCUAUCAAUUCAGGCAAUCCAUCAUGAAGUGCGAAGACGCCCUUAGAGAUAUUCCGGACGCUCCAUCGUGGUCUCUGGUGCAGGAGCUUACGGCUCCGGAAGAGGUUUCGCGUAUCGGAGAAGCCGCCAUCUCCCAACCCCUCUGCACUGCAAUUCAAAUUGCCGUGGUUGACGUCCUGGCCUAUUCAGGAGUUCACUUCGAUUCGGUCGUCGGCCACUCUUCAGGAGAGAUCGCCGCCGUUUACGCAGCCGGCAUCAUCUCCGCCGCUGACGCUAUGAAGAUCGCAUACUAUCGUGGUUUAUACGCCAAGCUUGCCCUCAGCCAGUCAGGCGCACGAGGCUCUAUGAUGGCGAUCGGCCUAGGGUUCGAGGAUGCCAUGGCCUUUUGCGACGAACCGCAGUUCAAGGGUCGGAUCGGCCUUGCCGCUAGCAACUCCCCCACCAGCACUACUUUAUCCGGCGAUGAAGAUGCCAUUAAUGAGGCCAAGGCAAUACUGGAAGAGCAAAAGACAUUUGCCCGCCUCUUGAAGGUAGAUACGGCCUACCACUCUCAUCACAUGAUGCCUUGCGCCGAGCCCUACCUGGCGGCUCUCAAGGCAUGCAAUAUCAAAGUCAGUACGCCAUCUGAUCGUUGCGUGUGGAUAUCAUCGGUCUACGGACAUGCUGAGCUUCUCGAUGACGAAACUGAUCUCGCAGUCUUGUCGGGCCAAUAUUGGAUCGACAAUAUGGUGAGACCCGUUCUGUUCUCCGAGGCAACCGAAUGUUCUCUGUGGAGAGCCGGGCCAUUCAACCUUGUACUCGAGAUCGGGCCGCAUCCAGCACUCAAGGGACCUGCAUCGCAGACAAUGAAGACUGCUCUUGGCCAUAUUCUGCCUUACGCUACUUUCCUGCGACGUGGCUACAACGAUGUCGAAGCCUUUUCUGGUGGAAUUGGUUACAUCUGGAGCUACGUCGGUUCAGUGGUCGAUUUCUCGGGCUACCGCAAAGCCAUGCACGGCCCAGAUGCACAUCCAGCCCGAAUGCUCAAGGGCCUCCCUUCCUACGCGUGGCAUCAUGACAAGAUCCACUGGAAAGAAGCACGCCUCUCGCGUCGGUAUCGUUUAGCCGACAAGGCACCUCAUGAGCUUCUGGGUAGGCGCACUAUUGAUGACUCGGAAACAGAUUUGAGAUGGCGCAACAUCUUGAAGCUGAGUGAGCUGCCUUGGGUGCGUGGGCACGUCUUUCAAGGACUCGUUCUGUUUCCAACAUCGGGAUACAUGGCCAUGGCAAUACAAGCAGCAAUGGAGAUAGCGGACUCUCGGCCGGUCAAGCUUAUCGAGAUCCGCAACCUCGUUAUUCCUCGUGCACUGACGAUGGAAGAGAACCAUCCGGGCGUGGAAUCUGUCUUUUCCAUCAAGAGGACCUAUACCAACGAUCAUGACGAGUCCAUUUUUCGGGGAGAAUUCUCCUGUCAUACUUGCUCGAAUGAAACCACUGGGACAUUGGAACGGAACUGCGCUGGGUCGAUCAUCAUUGACUUUGGCGAGCCUUCGGCCGAUACUCUACCACCUCGUGCCCAAGGGAAAUCCGGCGUCGCCUCGGUGGAUACGGAAGAAUACUACUCUUCUCUGCUCAACAUCGGCUUGAAUUAUCAAGGACUUUUCCGUGGCAUCAAGUCUGUAAACCGCACAAUGGGUUAUGCCACGACCAAGGCGUCAUGGAAUCAGUCCGACGUCGGCGACAAAUAUGUGAUGCACCCCGGGCCGCUAGACGUUGCUUUUCACUCCAUUAUUGCAGCAUUUUGCACUCCCCUCAGCGGUGCUCUAUGGGCGCCGUAUCUGCCGGUCAAGGUCGACCGUCUGGCUCUCACACCCAACAUCGAUUACCGAGGAGAACCUGGCCAGAUCAACUUUGACGUUGACACAUUCAUCACGAAGACUACGGCAAAUACUUUCGAGGGAGACGUCCAUAUUAUUGGCCCGGAUGGCCGAACAGGCUUACAGGCCGAGGGUCUGACGCUGAAGCUGUUCACCGAAGCCCGCCCAUCCGAUGACCGCCCCAUGUUCUCCAAGACAGUGUGGAAGACGGAUGUCCUCGGUUCAUCGUCAAACCUCGAAGAGAUUUCGCCCGAUGCUGAGGAGCUAGCACUUGCCGAGGCUAUUGAUCGAACGUCUUUAUUUUUCAUCAAGAAGAUCUUCGACCAUCUUUCGGAUGCUGAUGUUUCGGAGUGGAAGUGGUUCCACAAGGCGUUUUUCAAUGCCUCCAAAGCAUGCCUCCAGGAGACCCGAGAUGGAACCCAUCCAACGACAAGGAAGGAAUGGCUCGAAGACUCCGAAGAAUUGAUCAUGGCAUACAAGGAAAAUUACUCCAACCAGGCCGAUAUCAAACUUAUCCAUGCUGUCGCGGACAACGUUGUGGAUGUCAUGACGGCUGAUGUGCAGCUCCUAGAGAUCAUGCUCGUGGACAACAUGCUGAGCAACCUCUACACUGACGGACGUGCGAUGAAACCACUCAACAAGCUCAUCGCGGAACUCGUCGAGAAUCUGUCGCACAAACAUCCACGAAUGGAUAUUUUGGAGAUCGGAGCUGGCACUGGCGGUACCACCAAUUCUGUUCUGAGUCAAAUUGGCGACGCCUUCGGCCACUAUACCUAUACCGACAUCUCAGCCGGCUUCUUCGAGAACGCAAAGAAGCGAUUCGAGGCCCACAGCAAGCGCAUCACCUACAAGGUUCUCGACAUCGAACGUGACACGACUGAGCAGGGCAUUCCCGCAGGCAGUCAAGACUUGAUUUUGGCUUCAAACGUUCUGCACGCGACGAGAAACCUUAGGGAGACCAUGGCUAAUGUCCGCAAGUUGCUCAAACCUGGAGGAUAUCUCAUCAUGAUGGAAGUCACUGGCGAGUUCCUUCAGAUGAUGUUUCUCAUGGGCGGUCUACCUGGGUGGUGGCUUGGGGUUGAUGAAGGGCGUGUUCGCGGGCCCGGCGUUGGCUUGACCGAGUGGGACACGAUUCUCCAAGAUGUCGGUUUCAGUGGCGCAGACAAGUAUGUCACGGAUCUUCCGCACGCCCAGAAGCAUGCUUGCUCUGUCAUUGUUGCUCAAGCUGUCGAUGAGAGGUUCCAACUACUCCAAGAUCCGUUGUCCUCCCUGGACGAGGUGCCGCUUGACCAGCGCUUGUUGAUCAUUGGCGGCAAGACGCUGCCUGUGUCUCGCAUGAUCAAGAGCAUCGAGCGCCUUGCCUCCAGGUUCACCGACAAAGUGUUCCUGGUCGAGAGCGUGGACGCAAUUCUGGACAAGCAUGUUGAAACCAUGACAUCUGUCAUCAGCCUCACAGAGAUGGAAAAGCCUCUCUUUUCCGAGCCAAUGACGGAGAAGAGACUGUCGAAACUCCAACGUCUGUUCUCGCGUGCGACCAACACUCUUUGGGUGACCAAUGGUCGCCUUGAUGAGGAUCCUUUUGCCAAUAUGAUGGCUGGGCUCGGUCGCGCUUUGAUUACUGAGCUCCCGCAGCUCAACCUCCAGUUUCUCGAUGUCACCAAGUCGACAACGUUUGACGCCCGCUUGGUUGUAGACUCUUUUCUCAAGUUGAAGCUGGCCAAGUCUCCUGAAUUUUCCCGAUCGCCUAUGCUCUGGUCCACCGAGCCAGAACUUUCACUUCAAGAGGACGUCCUGCGCAUUCCUCGAGUUAUCAUGGACGAUGAGAGGAAUGACCGGCUGAAUUCUUUACGUCGCACCAUCACGAAGGAUGUUCUGCUUGCUGAGACUGAAGUCAUUGUUUGUCCAAGUGAGGACAGCCUCUAUCUACAAGAGAAGGCGCCUUGGCUCAGAAGACACCCAGCACCAGGACAUGAAGACUCUUCACUUUGCGUCAAGCAGUCCGUUUCCUUACCUUUCUGCAAGGGAACAGGCCCCGUUCUUUGCGCGGGCACAAUGGGCCAGAAGGAUGAGGCUGUGCUAGCAUUCGCCGCCUAUCACGGUUCAAGCGUAGCCAUUACUGACUCCAAUGCUUUCGUUACAUCGGUACCAGGACCUGUACCCAACGCCAUCCUGGUCGCUACAGCCCAUCAUCUCAUCGCAAUCCGUCUGCGUUCCAGGCUAUGUGCUAUUCCGUCGAUGAACGAUGCCAUUCUCAUCUAUGGAGCCACUCCUGACAUGAUCGCUGCACUCCGCACGAGAUCGAGCGGUCUCAAACUUGUCUUUGCAAGCUCUGAGGAGAAGAUGGCGCAAGGGUCCAUCUUUAUUCACAAGAGAGCAUCUGCACGAUCCAUUCCGCUUCUUUUACCCAGAGGUAUUAGAUACGUAGUCGAUCUCAGCGACGCAACCGGCGACACUAUCAAAAGCCGCCUCUUGGAGCUUUAUGAGCAAGUCACCUUUUCCGUCGACCUGGCUGGCGUUCUCGACGGAAGCGACCUGCUCCGACAAGCAUUCUCAUCUGCUUCUCAGUCGACCGCUCCCACCUUCUCGAUUAUUCCUGCCAGAGAUCUACCUGGCUUGUCGCCAGCGUCCUUACGCUUCCCUACUAUUGUCGACUGGGCUUCCACGGGUUCUGUUCCAGUCAACGUUCAGCCUAUCAACGGUGGAGGACUCUUCUCCGCAGAGAAGACUUACCUGAUGGUGGGCUUGGUCUCGGAUCUGGGUCGAUCGAUCUGCCGCUGGAUGAUUGAGAAUGGUGCCAAGUACAUCGUACUCACUAGCCGCAGUGCGAAAGUCGAUUCUCUCUGGCUCUCCGAGAUGGAAGCACUCGGCGCCGUGAUUUCGGUCCAUAAGAUGGAUGUGUCCGAACGCAAGUCAGUUCAGACAGUCUGCGACAUCAUCAAGGAGACACUCCCUCCCAUCGCAGGUGUCUGUAACGGCGCGCUUGUCCUCAAGGAUCAGCUCUUUGUCGAAAUGGACGCUUCCGCUCUUAACGACGUAUUUGCACCCAAGGUGGCGGGCACAAUCCAUCUCGACGAGUACUUCUCGGAACCUACUCUUGACUUCUUUAUCCUCUUUUCGUCCAUGAGCUCUGUCGUUGGAAACGCCGGACAAGCCAACUACAAUGCCGCUUCCUUAUUCCAAGCAGCAAUUGCGAACAAGAGGCGAGCCAAGGGCCUGGCAGCAUCCGUCAUGUCGCUUGGCAUGGUUGCCGACGUGGGCUACAUCGCCCAACGAGGCCCCAGUCUGAUGGAGAAGCUCAAGAAGGUCUUCUACAUGCCAAUUUCCGAGGCAGAUGCUCACCUAAUCUUCGCCGAGGCCGUGGUGGCAAGCAAGCCAGAAAACGCCGACGGCACAAUCGAGAUGGUCUCUGGAAUCCAGCCCUUCAACUAUACAUCUUCGACCAAGGCGCGUCCACCCUGGUUCUCUAACCCACGCUUCUCGCACUUUGUCCGCGAGGAAGAAGAAGCGCAGGAGAGCGCUCUGGGCGACCUCAGCAGUGUCCACGUCAAAGAGCAGAUGGAUGCUGCAGGAUCCGAGGAAGAGGCCUCCGCCGCACUGCUUGCAGCCUUUGGGGCCAGGAUGGAGUCCAUGCUCCAGAUGAGCGCAGGAAGCUUGAAUGUUGAAGCGCCUCUGCUAGAUGUCGGCAUCGAUUCCCUGCUUGCGGUCGAGAUUCGGACGUGGUUCUUGAAAGAGGUACACGUGGAUGUGCCUGUCCUGAAGACCCUGAGUGGAGACAACGCUCGCGAUAUCUGUGCGGAUGCCGCCAAGAAGUACAUGUCAGCCAAGAUGCAAGAUGUUGGGAGCAAGUUGGCCGAUGGACCAGCCGGAUUGGAGGUGGAGGCGUCCACGGCAUCGGAGCAAGUAUGCAGCACUGAAGCCUCCAGCGCAGGCACGUCGAGCCCCGAAAAGGAGGGAAGCAUCGCCACGCCUAGCAGCGUGAGCGAGGCUGGAUCCGAUGUCGAGAAGCUGCAGCAAAGGAAGGAAGUUGUUCGAACUGAAAAAUUGUCAUUUGCGCAAUCGAGACUCUGGUUUCUCAAUCAAUUUUCUGAAGACCCAACAUCUUACAACAGUCUUUAUGUCUAUGAUGUGAAGGGCAAUAUCCACAUACCCCGACUGAGAAGGGCUGUCUCAGCUGUGGUCACUCAUCAUGACGCGUUGCGGACCUGCUUCCUAACCAGGCCAGGCAAUGGAGAGCCCGUCCAAUCGCUUUUGAAGACGCCAGAAGAUUGCUUGAGACAUAUAAAGAAUUCCGACGAGGACUCAGUGCAGCGCGAAAUGGAGGCAUUGCGCAAACACAGGUGGAAUCUAGCCGACGGUGAUGUCUUCAGUAUGGUUCUCAUCAGCCAUUCUCCCGACGAGCACACGAUGCUUAUAGGAUACCACCACAUCAUAAUGGAUGGUGUGAGCCUGCACGUCUUCAUGCGAGAUCUCAAUGUACUAUAUGCUGGAAAGUCUAUCAACAAGGCGUCGAAGCAGUACCUGGAUCUCACGGUGGACGAGCGGACAGCUAUGGAGAACGGUCUUUUGGAUAACAAGAUUGACUUCUGGAAGCGGGAACACUCCUCCCCAGCAGAAACACUGCCUCUUCUCCCCUUCGCGCACGUCAAGUCCCGCCCAAUUUCCGAAUCUUAUGCAAAUGUCGAGUCUGUCAGGGAAGUUGGGCGCGACUUUUCGGAGAGAAUCAAGCGGGCCAGCCGAGGUCUCAGCGUAACGCCCUUCCACUUCUAUCUCGCCGGGAUGCAAACUCUCCUGCAUCGACUACUCGGCGUAGAAGACAUCUGCAUUGGCAUCACGGACGCUAAUCGUACACCUGAAAGCUCUCAAGCAAUCGGCUUCUUUCUCAACCUCCUACCGAUUCGGUUCCAGAUUGAGAAGGCCCAGAAAUUUGGCGACCUCGUCAAGAAGACGAGUCAGCGAUAUUAUGCCGCGCAAGCCAACUCGGGCGUACCCUUUGAUGUGAUUUUAGACAAGGCGAAUAUCGCGCGGGACAUGACGCACACGCCCUUGUUCCAGGUCGCCAUGAACUAUCGCCAAGGCAACUUUUCGAGCAUCCCCCUGGGCGGGUGCAGCCUGACUGUCAAAGAGGGGUUCGAUGCCAAGAGCCCUUACGAUCUCGCCUUUAGCGUCACGCCGACGGAAGACGCAUGUUACCUUCAGAUCGUGGGCCGAGACGACUUGUACGACCAAGCUGCGACAAACCUGUUCCUCGACAUGUAUGUGACGCUGCUCGAUGAUGCGGCUAAGGACACAUCCAAAACGCUUCUGGAGUGCCAGCUCUAUGAUCCUCGUGAUGUCGAUCGCGCGAUCGCCAUUGGACGGGGCGAGGAUAUUGACUUCGGAUGGUCAGAUACCUUGACUGGAAGAAUUGAUCGGAUUUUCAGCAGUCACGGAGACGAAGUUGCUCUCAAGGAUACGGCCACAGCGCUCACGUACUCACAAUUGGCUGGCAAGGUGGCUGGUCUGGCAGCCAUACUCUCGGGUAAGACGCAGCUCGGGUCACGAAUUGCAGUCUUGUGCGAUCCCACGGUCGACUGGGUCGUUGCCAUGCUCGCGAUUCUUCGUGCUGGUGCUGUUUAUCUGCCCCUUGAUACCAAGUUGCCCCGCGAGCGUCUAGCUGCAAUUCUCGAAGCCUCGAACCCAGAUUUAAUCAUAUGCCACGCGUUAACGCGGCAAAGGGCAGACGAUCUUUCCAGCAACAUCUCCAUCGUCGACGUUUCUGACAAUUCUGACGUCAAAAAUGUCCCAAAUUUGGAACAGCCGGGCUCGGCGACGUUUAUCCUUUUCACGUCCGGAUCCACAGGGACUCCCAAGGGCAUUGAGCUCACGUCCGCUGGCAUCAUCAACUACGCAGCUACCAAAGCCUCGAAGCUCCAUCUCGACCGCGAAGUCGUCCUACAGCAGAGCUCACUCGGCUUCGACAUGUCCAUCGCGCAGGCGUUCAAUGCGCUGACGAACGGCGGCACUCUUGUUAUCGUCCCGCAAGAAAGCCGUGGAGAUCCCGUCGCCCUCACGAAGAUCAUUGUUGAUGAAGGCGUCACGUUCACGCUUGGCACGCCUACGGAAUAUCUUAUGCUCAUUCGACAUGGAGGCGGAGGCAUUGAGAGGCAGAGUAGCUGGAGACAUGCUUGCACCGGCGGAGAGGCAGUCAAUGUCCAUUUGAGAGAUGCGUUUCGAAGGCUGGAGCAGCCACCCGCAGUGACAGACUGCUACGGACCAACGGAGAUUUCCUGCUGCGCAACGAUGCGAACAGUAGAUCUUGACGAAGAAGAAGCCGUCGUUUCUGGCUCCGUUGGCUCUGCGAAUCCGAACACCUCGAUUCUCAUCAUCGAUGAGAACGGCAUUGUUGUGCCGUCUGGCAUCCCUGGGGAGAUCUGUGUUGGAGGCGUAGGCGUGUCCCAGGGCUAUCUUGACGCAGAUCUGUCAAAAGAGAAGUUCACAGAGAACCCAUUCGCUUCCGCACGGGACGCUUCAAUGGGAUGGACCACGAUGUACAAGACAGGCGACAAAGGCACCCUACGCUCCGAUGGGUCUUUGCACUUCAUGGGCCGCAUGGAUGGCGACACCACGAUCAAGAUUCGCGGGCUCCGUGUGGACCUCGAAGACGUCUCCAAUGUCAUUGUUCGAGAAUCCAAGGGAGAAAUCGCAGAUGCAGUCGUCACCGUCCGCGGGAAUCCUGCUUUACUCGUCGCUCACGUCGUCCUCUCCAAACACUCAGUCGCGGUCGAGGCCAGCCUUCAGACCUUUGCUAGCAAACUUCCGCUUCCUAGCUACAUGAAGCCCUCACUGAUCAUCCCUCUGGACCGCAUUCCCAUCAGCAGAAAUGGGAAAGUCGAUCGCCUCGCCAUCGCCUCAUUACCCAUAUCGCGCCUGCCAGCAGGACAACCGGUAUCACCGCAGGGCGCCAAAGAAAUGAGUCUCGCCGAGGGAGAGCUCCGUCUUCUUUGGGAUUCCGUCCUUCACCAGACGUCCUCCCACCUGAUCAACGGCGAGCCUCUGACAUCAGACUCGGAUUUCUUCUUGGUCGGGGGCACGUCGCUCCUACUAGUGAUGCUGCAGAGUGCAAUCCGCACAUCCAUGGGUAUAGAGGUUUCGCUCAAAGACAUGUACCACUCCAGCACGCUUGGUGGAAUGACUACCUUACUUUUACGGCGGAAGAGCGAAAAUCAUUUGCCGGAAUCGAUUGAUUGGGAAGCGGAGACGGCUCUUCCUAGCCUUCUCGACCUUGGGGUCCGUAGAGAUACACCGAGGAAUGUAGGUGCAAUGGAGAUUCUCAUAACGGGAUCAACAGGUUUCCUCGGCGGCGCAAUCCUCUCAGCCCUGCUAAAGAGCCCAAAAGUAGCGAGCGUCCACUGCAUCGCAAUCGAGGCCGAUAACAAGGUGCCAUCACACCUCCAGCACGACAAAAUCACAAUCCACACUGGAAGUCUCCUGGAACCCCGACUCGGCAUGUCACCAGAGACCUACACCCGCCUCCAAAACACAGUCGAUGCGGUUGUCCUCGCAGGCGCGCAGGGCCACUGUCUAAACAACUACUCUACCCUCCGCAUACCCAAUGUUGAUUCCACGAAGGUGAUGGGCUUGUUCGCCCUUCCGCGGCGGAUACCGCUUCACUUCAUCUCUUCGAACCGGGUCACACUACUUGAUCCCGCCGCAAAGGCUGCGUUGCCACCUGUAAGCGUUAGUCGUCAUUUGCCGAGGAGGGAUGGAGGGGAAGGUUUCACAGCUGCGAAGUGGGCGAGCGAGGUGUUUUUGGAGAAGUUGUCCGCAGCCGCAGUGACGGAGAAGAAAGAGGAAGGUCUACUACCCGUCACGAUUCAUCGGCCCUGUGCUGUUGUAGGCGACAAGGCGCCGCUCGAAGACGCGCUCAACGCGCUGCUACGGUUCUCAAAGCUCAUGGGCGCCGUACCGCGGAUCGAUGGGUUGAAGGUCGAGGGAUACUUUGAUUUCGAGCGGGUUGAGGACGUGGCGGGUGAGAUUGCAACUGCUGUCGUCAGUCCACGCGAUCCUACCACGUCAAGCCCACAUCGUGAUAAUAGCCAGGCAGGAGGGGUUUCGUUCCGGCAUUAUUCGAGUGGUGUCCGGGUACCGCCAACGGAAUUCAAGGCGUACAUGGAGAAAUCAUAUGGCGGAAAGUUCCUUGAGCUGGACAUGGAUCAGUGGAUUGAGGGUGCGAGGAGAGAGGGCAUUGAGGAGUUGAUUGUUGCAUAUUUGAAGGCUGUAACUGAGAGAGGGGAGAGAAUGGUGUUUCCGUUCAUGGGAAGUGCUUUGUAAGUGAGCAUAAGGCUUAGUUGUUGUUUUAGUACCUAGGUAGUAAUACAUGUAGUUGUCGAAGUUGGAGGAGGCUGAU